AUGUAUGACAGAGCACCAAGAACACUGGUGAAACCAUUUGGCAGCACUGCUGAAAGUGUUGGCCCUGGCACAUAUGAUGCUGAUCUACCUUCAAAGAGCAGACAAAAGAAUGAUGGUUAUGCACCAUUCUUAUCUAUGACAAGCAGAGAAACAUUUCUCAAUCAGAAUGAUCAAGUAGUAGCAGCCCCAGGGCCCGGGCAUUAUGAUCCACAGGACCCACAAUUAACUAUCAAGGGAGGAAGAACCUUACAAAACAGAUCUCAGCGGUUCCACAAUUCAAUGAAUAUAAACCCAGGCCCAGGAGCAUAUACCAUAUCUAAACCCAGUGAUUGGGUCAAAUCUCUUUCCCCAAGAAGUAGUGGUCACAGUCAUGAUAAAUCUGGAAGAGGAAGCACACCAGAUGCUCCUUCUAUUCCAAGCCCAGGAAAAGCAUAUGGUUAUGAGGAAAAUGAAGAUGGUACACUCAGGAAGCAAGCACCACCAAAUAGAGACAAUUCCCUAGGACCUGCCUUUUAUAAACCACAGGAUACAACAAACACAAAACCCACAAAGAGUUAUAAGGGUAUCCACUUUGGAAACCGCACAUCACAAAGGACAGAUUUUGCUGGCAAAAAUGGUCCUGGACCAGGAGAUUAUGAACCCUAUGUGGAGUCUGCGGUUAAAGUAGAAAACAUCAAUAUGCCAGAUAUAGAAAAGAAAAAACAUGAAGCCCAGCUUCCAAGAUAUCAUGAAUUAGUGGUGAAAGAAGAAAAGAAAAAGGCUGUUCCAGGCCCGGGUAAAUAUGAAAUCCCAGGUCAAUUUGAAUCUCAACCAAAUAAAGUGAACACAGAAGGAAUUGAAGUUGAACACCCUCCAUUUCUAUCACAAGGAAAGAGAUUUGGCCCCAUUAAAUCAGAAGCCCCAGCUCCAGGGACAUACAAUGACCCCAGGUCAGCAUUCGAAUCGUUAAAAAGGGUGACAGGCCUGAAGAGGAGUCCCUUUGGUCAGACAGCAGUCAGAUUUCAACCAUCUCACCAUAUUCGCAAAACUCCAGGACCUGGUGCUUAUCAUGUGGCAGGUAUGGGGGCAGACAGCAUGAAAAAAGCAUAUAUUGAGAGCACACGGAAAGGUGUGUUUGGGACAACCUCAGUCCGCAUUGCACCCAUGACAGAGAAAGACAUCACAGAAAUGCCAGGACCAGCUCAGUAUCAACCAAAAGAAAAAAUCUUCCAACCCAACUACCCAACUCUUACUGCCAACUUCUCAUCCUUAACAUCACGGUUAAGACCUGGUGCUUAUCAUGUGGCAGGUAUGGGGGCAGACAGCAUGAAAAAAGCAUAUAUUGAGAGCACACGGAAAGGUGUGUUUGGGACAACCUCAGUCCGCAUUGCACCCAUGACAGAAAAAGACAUCACAGAAAUGCCAGGACCAGCUCAGUAUCAACCAAAAGAAAAAAUCUUCCAACCCAACUACCCAACUCUUACUGCCAACUUCUCAUCCUUAACAUCACGGUUAAGUGAACCACCUGCAAUUAUAAAGGAAAUGCCACCUCCAGGAUCAUACGAAGUGAGCAAGUCUUUCCAGGCCUCACAAGACAAGAGGACAGGGCCAAAACCAAGAAAUGAGCAGGCGGCAAGAAGAAUAGGAGCCUUCAGAUCAUCAACUUCCAGAUUUGCCCCACCAAGGGACAUACUUUAUGAGGGUACAGAUGCAGAAAAUCCAGGUCCAGGAACUUAUGAGUUUGGCAGUCAGCUUGCCAGGAAGGGUGGACUCAUGGUAACCAAAGAUAAGAGAUUUAGAAAGGAAAUCAAAAACGAGGUCCCAGGACCUGGUGCUUAUGAGUUCUCUCCAUUAAUCCAGGACACAGUUUUACAAGGCACAUUUAAUGCCACCCUCAACAACCCAAUUGUACCCCACAUGGAAUCAGUACAGCAGGGAACAGCAGCCAAACAAGCUUUCCUAUUGGGAGUAUGAUAACAGUGACAAAUACGAUACAACGACUCCAGACAUUGUUGUCUGGGGCACCUUGUGAUUAAAUGUAUAUAUGUAGAUUUCCUAUGUAAAUAAUACUGUAUAAAUCCUGAAUAAAUUUAAUGUACAGAAUAUAUUGAAAGCCAAUCAUGCCACCAUUGCUCAUAUGAAAGGGGAUGUGAUAAGUAGUGAUAAUGGCUAAUGGUCAGUUCUGAUAGUGUAGAGUCAAUAUCAGCACCAUUGAUAUGGAAACAAUAGCACUUGAACAUCAUAUAGACACAGCAUGCCUGCAGACUAUGUGCAUUUUUUUUUCAGUCCUCAGGCUAUGAUUUUAUUCCUGUUGAGCUUCUAUUGAUUAAAAAGUAUCAUUUGUAUUUUGUCUGUUUUGUACUUACAACAUAUCAAGUACCAUAUGUGAAUAUGAAUACCAAUAAAAGUGGAUCAAAUCUAAGAUUUUUUAGAAUUGUUACUUAACUGUAUUUCUGUUAACUGGUUUCUGACUUGUCAAAGUAUAUAGAUUACUUGCCAAGUGGCAGUUAUGCAGAACAAACAUUUUUAUCCUAUGUGAAACAACCCAAAAGCAAAGAAAGUGACUUUUCAGACUUGUCGGCUUAAGACAUGUUAGUGAGACGGCUGGAAAGAAUUUCUGAGUUCCUUGCAAGAUGGUAUCUUGGUUUUACAAGGUUUAGCCCAUUGACUGAUAAAUGAUCCAUGCAGAUUUUCCCCUCUCAGCUACAGCAUCCAAAUCCAAAUGUCACAUAUUUUCUGACUGACAAAACAGGCUGCUUGGUCUGGUUU